AUGGCGGACCUCUCAAUCUCGGAUGGGGUCUCGAUUGAUGUGGACCCCGAUUUCUAUGAAAAUGAUAGUGCCUACGGUGGCGAGGAAUGGGUAUCACUGCGCGACACCACGUCCAUCAAAUCGUCCAUCUAUCGCGGGAUGAUGGAAAAUGGCAGACGAUACCAAAGUCUCCGCAAUAAAGAGUACAUCUUGCCGUCAGAUGAACAGCAAUUCGACGCCUAUGAAGCCGGACACCUUGUCGACUUGAUCCUGGACUCGGAGCGAGAGAACCCGCUCUUCCGCGCGCCCUGUGGCGAUGACAAGGAAGCACCGCUGCACAUUCUGGACAUUGGUACUGGAAUGGGUACCUGGGCUAUCGACGUGGCCGACAUGUUCCCAAACAGCAUCGUCCGCGGCGUUGAUCUCUACCCACCCCCAAUAACCUGGAUGCCACCAAACUGCACAAUCGAAGUAGACGAUGUACUCCAAGAAUGGACCUGGCGCGAACCAUUCGACCUAAUCCGCAUGCGCAACAUGAUUGGCUCUUUCGACGCCAUUGAAUGGGACCGCGUCUACCAACAAUGCUACGACAACCUCAAGCCCGGCGGCUGGAUCGAGCAAUACGAAGUCGGGCCGUUCGUCGAAUGCGACGACGGCAGUCUCCCGCCAGACAGCGUCCUUGCGAAAUGGGGACCUAACAUCCGCGAGUGCGGGGAGCGAGCCGGCCGCUCCUGCGAGGUGAUCUAUACCAUGGUGCAGAGUAUUCGCGACAAGGGCUUUGUUGAUAUGCACGAGAAGAAUUAUAAAUGGCCGAUUGGGCCGUGGGCGAAGCAUCAGAAAUUUAAGGAGGCGGGCUUGCUGAACUAUGAGCAUUGGAUGAGCGGGAUUGAGGGGUGGUGCAUGUGGUUGCUUACGAAGCAUGGGGCGCCGAAGCCCUGGAAGAAGGAGGAGGUUUAUGUGUAUUGUGCCAGGAUGAGGAGUGAGAUUAAGAAUCCCGUGUAUCAUACGUAUCAUCGCGCGAAGAGGAUUUGGGCUCGGAAGCCCUUCCCCGGUGAGGUUGUGCAGGAUUCUGAAAAGGUGGCCCCUUCGAGUUCACCGAAGAGACCCGAGUCUGUUGGGUAG